UCAAGAAAAAUCUCUAUGAGACUCUGCUGUUUAUAUAAUCGAAAUACCCACUAGACUCUUAAACCUCCAUCUCUCAACUCCCUCCUUAAUCUCACAGCAAUGGCUUUGGAAAUCUGUGCGAAAGCAGCUGUUGGUGCUCCUCAUCUUCUUGGUGACUGUCCUUUUACUCAAAGGGUUCUUCUUACCUUAGAAGAGAAGAAUAUUUCAUACCAGAUGCAUUUGAUUGACGUUUCCAACAAACCCCAAUGGUUUUUGGAAGUCAAUCCAGAAGGUAAAGUACCUGUUGUCAAAUUUGAUGGUAAAUGGGUUCCAGAUUCUGAUGUUAUCACUCAAAUUCUUGAGGAGAAGUACCCUGAACCAUCACUUGUUACUCCUUCGGAAUAUGCCUCGGUUGGAUCGAAAAUAUUUGGAACUUUUGUUACCUUCUUGAAAAGUAAGGAUGCUAUUGAUGGUUCAGAGCAGGCAUUGAUAUUUGAAUUGUUUGCAUUGGAUAAGCACCUUAAAACUCAUGGUCCUUUUGUCAAUGGAGAGAAAGUAUCUGCAGUUGAUUUGAGUUUGGCGCCAAAGCUUUACCACCUCGAGGUUGCUCUUGAGCAUUUUAAGAGCUGGAGUGUUCCAGAGAACUUGGCUCAUGUCAGAAACUACACGAAGUUGCUCUUCUCUAGGGAAUCAUUCAUUAAGACCGUGACAUCUGACAAGAAGUACGUGAUUGCAGGAUGGGGACCCAAGGUUAAUCCGUGAAGAUUGUUAUUGUCUGUUUUAAGCCUUCAAGAGUAAUAGAAUUUUAUGUAAGCUGUUGUGUUUUCUGGCAGUCUAAAACUAGGAAAUGAGUCAACUGUCUCGCUAUCCUCCUGUCCUGGUAAACCGUUCUUCUGUGCCCGAAAAUGUAUUAGGGUAUAAUAACUAUCAAAAUAAAGUCGUCUUACUUCUAAGGUGAUACUUUACGCUUGUUCAUAA